AUGUCCGGCCACAACGACCCGCGUUUGCUCUACUCCAUCCCUGGAAUCAAGGCCUACCAUAUCCAGAAUGGCGACGAGGACUCGUUGACGCCAUCGGGCCCGCAAACGCUGUCGCUGCUGAUGGUCCCCACCUCCAGCCCCUUCUCCAACCUGUCGUCCACGCGCCAGCAGGCCGAUUCGCCCGAGGAGGACUUCUACCUUCACCUUAACCUGCCUCCCGAGCUCGACCUGCCACUUCCGGCGACGACGCAGAUAUACCACCAGCCACCGACUAGCUACCUGAUCCCGCGAUGGGAUCUAGGCCCCGACAGCGGUGCGUUUACGCGCAUCGAGUUUCCCCCGCUGGGCACCGGUGGUGUGACGCAGGAGGACGUUGAUACCUUCGAGACGAUUCUGGCGCAAUGCACCGCUUUUCUUGAGCGUGCCCAGGCCCCGGCUCAUGGCAAGGACAGCAAGGCGCCGCCCCCAUACAACCCUGCUGAAUUCGCUCCUGGAGAGGGUUACGUGCAGGGUACAGGCAAGGGCAAUCAUGGCCAGAUCGUUCUGAUCGACGAGGAUGACGGCAGCGUGGUCGGAGAGCUGGCCGACGGUGCACAGAUCGAAGAGGACCCCAACUUGAAGCCUGGUUCAAAGAACCCCGUCGAGGUCGAAAUCUCGAAAGAUGGCCAGCAUGUCGAAGUGCGACCUAUCUCGGAAGAGUAUCUUCGUUUGGCCAGGCACCCUGCCUACCAGAACUCUUCACUGGUACAGAACGCGGCCGCCGCCUCGAGAUUGAUCGUCACUGGGUCCAGCGCCCUCGCAAACCUAAUGACCUCCGGCGCCAACCAGUUCACUCAGAAAACCACGCCGAACCAGAAGCCCAUGACCUUUGCGCCUGUGACGCAUCAGCGCGCGAGAAAGAUCAACGCCCUUACUCAAAGUGCGGCCGGUCUGUCGGCCAAGACUGUGGGCCAGGCGACCAAGUAUGCGCAAAACAUAGGCGCAUCGCUCGCUGGGCGUAAGAAAGGCAAGGAGAGGGACGAGAACUACAAGCCUGGCCUGCUGAACAAGUCGUUGAUUGCCUUCAACACCAUCGCCGACGGUAUCGCCCAUUCCGGCAAGACCUUGCUGACUACGGGCGGUUCUGCGGCGACCACGGUGGUCGGGCACAAAUGGGGCCAGGACGCAGGAUCCAUCACCGCGGAGCUCGCUGGCGGCGUCAAGAAUGUCGGUCUCGUCUACAUUGACGUGACUGGAGUUUCACGCCGCGCGGUCAUCAAGUCGGUCGCAAAGGGCAUGGUUGUCGGCCACGUCAAGGGCGGCGGGGAGAUUGUCGUUGGCGGUGGUGACGGUGGCGAGGUUCCUGAUUCGGACCUCCAGAAGGCGGGCAUACCCCCCAACGGACAGGGCCAGGUAGGAGGCUCAGCAUCCCCUGGCGGUAUCGUUGGUUUCGGGAAUGCUACGCCCCAGACGUACAACUCGGGUGUUGGCGAGCCACUGGGCGGACAGGCGCUGCAGGGCCAGCAGGUAGACAAGAAGCGCUGA